CUCGUUCUUUAGAAAAUGUUUAAUCCUUUGACUAUAAGUCAAAGGUGUAAUCGUUUCUCGACCUUAUGGCGAAGAUUAAAGGUGUAUUACUUCCAAUCUACGCCUACAUCCUACAAUUACAUUCCAAGAGCGUUAGCGAGAACAGUGUAUCACGCACAUUCUAGUCUAUUACAAGUGAAUCGACGAGUGACAGAUAACGAUAUGGCAGAAGCAACAGAUUCAGCUACUAUGGAAUCCUAUUUUCAAAGGGGCGAUCAUACCCUGAAGGUACCCAUGUCACUUUUCCAAAAUAAUCGCAAACGAUUAAUCACACGUCUCAGAACAAACACAAAGACUCCAAUAGAAGGUAGUUUUGUAAUUCUUCAAGGAGGAAUUGAAGUUCCAUUUAAUGACACAGAUAUAACAUGGCCAUUCAGGCAAGAAUCAUUCUUUCAAUGGUGCUUUGGCGUCGAAGAACCAGGAUGUUAUGGUGCUAUUGAUUUAUCAACAGGAACUUCGAUUUUGUUCUUACCACGAUUGCCGAGAGAAUAUGCCAUUUGGAUGGGGAAAUUGCACACCUUGGAAGAUUUUAAAAAGAGAUAUGCAGUCCAUGAGACUUACUACACCGAUGAGAUGGCUGAAGUAUUAAAAAGAAAGCAAGCCACUCUUCUCCUCACUUUGAUGGGUAAAAACAGUGAUAGCGGUUUACAAACUCACGAAGCAGAUUUUGAUGGUAUUAACCAGUUCAAAGUGGACAACAAAGUUUUGUAUCCAGAAAUAUGCGAAUGCAGAGUCAUAAAAUCUCCAGAGGAAAUUGAGGUGUUGGAAUACGUAAUUAGGAUAAGCUCGGAUGCUCAUAAAUCAGUUAUGCACGUAGUAAGACCAGAACUUGCAGAGUUUCAAGCAGAGGCAGCUUUCAUGCAUUAUGUGUAUUCCAUUGGAGGUUGUAGACACGUUUCUUAUACUUGCAUUUGUGGGUCUGGUCAUAACGCAUCCAUACUGCAUUAUGGACAUGCUGGUGCUCCUAACAAUAGAGUCAUAAAGGAUGGCGAUAUGUGUCUCUUUGACAUGGGUGGAAACUACUGUGGAUACGCAGCAGACAUUACAUGUAGCUUUCCAGCUAAUGGAAAGUUUACACCGGAUCAGAAAAUUGUAUACAACGCGGUGCUUUCUGCUCGUAAUGCAGUAAUGAAGGCUGCGAAACCUGGCGUUGCUUGGGUGGACAUGCACCUCUUGGCGAAUAAGACUAUGUUAGCUUCACUGAAGGAGGGCGGUCUUUUGAAAGGCGACGUUGACGACAUGAUAAAGGCAGGAUUGAACGAAGUCUUUCAGCCUCAUGGGCUUGGUCACUUCAUGGGAUUAGAUGUUCAUGACGUUGGUGGGUAUCUCGAAGGACAUCCGGAACGUUCUGGGGCACCUGGAUUGAGAAAACUAAGAACCAGUCGUAUGUUGCAAUCUGGUAUGGUCUUAACGAUCGAGCCUGGAUGCUACUUCAUCGAUUGUCUGUUAGAUGCAGCUCUGAGUAACCCAGAUCAAUCGAAAUUCAUCGUUGCUGAAGAACUGAAAAGAUUCCGCGGCUUUGGUGGAGUUAGAAUCGAAGAUGACGUCCUUGUAACAGACACUGGAGUAAAAAACAUGACGGUUGUGCCGCGCACCGUGGAAGAAAUAGAGAACUGGAUGUCCGCUGAGAGAAUCUAAUUAGAACCGACAAGCGGAAAGAGGAAUUCAAUAGUGAGAGAAACUAUACGUCAUAAUAUAUGCGACUUUUUAACUAAGAGCUUCGAGCAAAGACCGAUUAUUUACAUAUUCUGUUUUCGUGAUAUAAGAAUAGUUGUAUUAUGAGAUAUAUACGUCAUGAAAUAAAUUUACAUUAAUUUUUUGUAACGCAUGAACUAUACAAUCGAACAUCGAAUAUUUUGUAUAUAUGGAAGACAAAAAUAAAAAAAUACAUAUUUUUCUCA